AUGUCUGAACUGACACCAAUAAAAUUACCAUCAUCAUUACCAUUUCCUGUUAUAAUAUCAUCUAUAUUAUGUUCAAAAGGUGAUUCAAUACCUAAACAUAAAGAAAUUUUCAAAUAUAAAUAUUGGGUAUAUCAAGAUGAUCCAAAUUCAAAAGAAGAUCCACCAAAAAAAGUAAGAGUUGAGAGAAUUGGUACAUUUGAAAGUCCAAUUGAAGGGGUAAUUGAUGAUAUUAAUGUAUUUAAUAAUGAAGAAAUUUUACAUAAUGACAUUGAAAUAUUACAUAUAAAAGAAGCAUGUACUCAUACGGUUCAAUAUGGAGGAUUAUGUGCAUUAUGUGGGAAAUCAUUAGAAGAAGAAAAAGAUUAUUCAGGUUAUGAUUAUGAAGAUAGAGCAACUAUAUCAAUGUCUCAUGAUAAUACUGGUUUAAAGAUAAGUUUUGAUGAAGCAGCAAAAAUUGAAUUGAGUACAACUGAUAGAUUAAAUGAAGAAAAAAAGUUAAUAUUAGUAGUUGAUUUAGAUCAAACUGUUAUACAUGCAACUGUUGAUCCAACUGUUGGAGAAUGGCAACUGGACCCAUCAAAUCCAAAUUACCCUGCUGUUAAAGAUGUUAAAACUUUUUGUCUCGAAGAAGAUCCAAUAGUACCACCAGGUUGGACUGGUCCAAAAUUACCUCCUACAAAAUGUUGGUAUUAUGUAAAAGUACGUCCUGGAUUAUCUGAAUUUUUGAAAAAUAUGGAUGAUAAAUAUGAAAUGCAUAUAUAUACAAUGGCAACAAGAAAUUAUGCAUUAGCUAUAGCGAAAAUUAUAGACCCUGAUGGUAAAUAUUUUGGUGAUCGUAUAUUAAGUAGAGAUGAAAGUGGUUCAUUAACUCAUAAAAAUUUGAAAAGAUUAUUUCCAGUUGAUCAAUCAAUGGUUGUAAUAAUUGAUGAUAGAGGUGAUGUAUGGCAAUGGGAGAAUAAUUUGAUAAAAGUUGUUCCAUACGAUUUCUUCGUUGGGAUUGGUGAUAUUAAUUCAAGUUUUUUACCUAAAAAGAAUGGUCAAUUAAUUGGUCCGAUAAAAAAGAGAAAAUCAAUAGCUAAAUUAGAAGCAGCAGCAGAAAAUUCAAAACUACAACAACAACAACAAGAAAACGACGAAGAUGGAGAAGAAUCACAACAGAAAAAAUCACAAAAUACUCAAUCACAAAUACCGACUCAAGAAGAUCCAAAAGAAGUAACUUCAAAUCCAGUAGAAAGAAUACUAGAACUUGGAGGAGGAGAAGGUAAUACUGAUUUGUUGUUAGAACAAUCAAUUACAAGAAACCAAUCAAUUGAACAACAACAACAUGAUCGUCCUUUAGCUAAAUUACAACAUGAUUUAGAACAAUUACAUGAACAUAAACUGGAUUUAAACAAUAAAACCUCAACCACUGAAAAUGAAGAAUCAGAAUAUGAAGAAGGAGAAGAAGAAGAUAAUUUAUUAUUUGAUGAUGAUACUGAGUUAAAUUCGUUGAAUAAAGUAUUAAAUAAUAUUCAUACAGAAUAUUAUAAGGAGUACACAAAAACAAAUAAACCAGACUUAACUAAUAUAAUACCCUACAUGAAGAGUCAAUGUUUAAAAGGUAUAACAAUACUAUUUUCAGGUAUUAUACCAUUAGGUAUAAAUUUAAACUCAGCAGAUAUUGUAAUUUGGUGUAAACAAUUUGGAGUAAAAGUUGUAAAUGAAGUAUUUCCAGAAGUUACUCAUGUUAUAUGUAAAGACAUAACUGAAAAUUCAGGUCCAACAUUUAAAGUAAGAGUUGCUAAUAAAUUAUAUGGUGAUAAAUUAAAAAUUGUAAAUCCAGAUUGGUUAUUUUCAUGUUUAAGUUCAUGGUCAAAAGUUAAAGAAGAUGAAUAUCUAAUAUCCAAAAAUGAUUCAAAAUUAUGGAAUAUUAAACAGCUGGAAAUUGAUAAAUACCUUAAAAAAUUAGAAGAACAUCAAAGAAAAAAUGAAGAAAUGAAAAAGAAUUUAAUUGAAGGUGAUGAUCAAGAUUCGAUGGGUGUUAGAUCAAACUCAAUAGAAAUAUUUGAAGAUUAUGAUUUAGAUGAAGCUAAUCAAGAAGUUGAUGAUUUCUUAGCUGGUUUAAGUGAUGAAGAAGAUGGAGAUGAAGAUGAAAAUGAUAACGAAAAUGAAGAAGAUGAGGAUGAAGAUGAUGAGGAAAACGAAACUAAAAGUAAUGGUCAUGACUCAUUUAUUAAAGAUAUGUAUAAAAAGAAAAGAAAACUAGAAGUAGAUGAAGACGAGGAAGAGGACGAAGACGUAGAAGAAGAAAGAUAUAAUGAUAAAAAACGAAAAACAAGCAAAGAUGAAGAUGAUGAGGACCAGCAAUUAAAUUUGGAUGCUGAUGAUUUGGAAAAAGAAUUACUUAAUGGAUUUGAUGAUUUAGAUGAUGAAUAA